AUGAAGGAGAUCUUGAACAUCCUUAAACAUCGUGGCCAGUACGACGCCUCACGCCAUCGCUUCCUCGAGCUACUGCACACUCAGAAGGAGUACGACAUCCUCAGUCAGUACGCGUUCUUCUCUCGGCCAGGCGAUGACGCGGUGGGGAGGAAGCGACGCUGCUUUGAGGUUCUGUCAGAGAUUGCCAACUGUGUCGAGUUCCUACGACGAGGGGCCGGUAUGCCCAAGUCUGGCAGGCGAAUGUCGCGCGAAGGUCUGAUGCCUAUGACACUGGAAGAAGAGGAGCACUCGGAACCAAGGGGCACCAGACGAGCCAUCGUCGCCGCGAAGGACCUUCGGGCCGUGCAAGCCUGUGUGUUCGCGAUGAAGACACUCGGGGCUGAGAAGGACACGCUUGUGGUAGAGAGCAGCUUGGCGCAGGGCCGAAUCCACCUCGCCUUCCUCGAUCUCAAGAAUGCGCGGAAGGAACUGGUAGUCAAUGGCGAGACGCUCAACUCCAUGCACCUGAGGAACUUCAUCUCUGCAGAUCACCCGAGCCUCACCGAUGCUCUGCUCGAGCGAAUGGGUGUGCCGGUGGACGUCGUUCCCGCAUGGCUGUUCUACUUCUUCCUUGUCUACGUGUGCUGCCUGGGAUUUAGCGAAUCGAGCACCACCAACUACCACCUCGACUCCCUCGUCGCCGGUACGCCCCGCCGUAACCAGCGUGCUUCGAUGCAGUCCGUCCUCAACUUCUUGAGCACGCGAGCCUCCGCCUAG